UGAUGUUGGGGGUUCAGAGUUGAGUUUUAGUUUGCCGUGAGUUACGACAACAGUAGCCCGUGCCUGUUGUGAGAUAAUUCAAACCUGCAAUAAAGGCCUGUUGUUCCGGCAAUCAAGUCUCAAGUCAUUCUCAAUCAAGUCAAUCAAGUGUCUCACCGAACAUUGCUGACAGCUAGUGACCAGUGUAGAAUACUAAAUAUCAUUGCAACGUCUUUGAAUGUGUCUUCUUAGUGCCUUAUAAUUGUAUUUUAGCCAUUUUUAUGCUUGAAAAUUAUUAAUUUAAGUGAAAGAUGUGUGAAAUUUGCUUAAAUGCGGAUUUUUUUCUAAUAAUAGUCCGUAUUCAACCACAAAACAGCAUGAUUAAUUUAUUAAUAUGUUUUUGGACAACAAUGAUAGAAUGAGGUUGCGAAAUUUGAAGCGCAAAGUGGCGAGGGAUUACUGAAUACAGUAUCAUACAAUACCACUGUCCUUUUAAUAGCGAAUAAUGGACAAGCACAUAUCUCAGCUGUUGUUUAUGAAAUAAGUCAAGUAUCAUGACAUCACUUCAUUAUUAAAAAGAGACUACAAGGACAAAAGUCUGUAUUUUGUUCAAUGGCCAGAUGUCCCUAUAUUUUUGUCCAUAUAGUGUAUUUCCAAUAUCUGUCUUUUUACGGAGACUUUGUGCAAACUGUGCCAUAAAACCUGCAGCACUGAUCCUGUUGCGCUGACUCUUGAGAGAUAAAGUAAAGGUUCACGUUGGCUUUGUUCUUGCAGGUUCCGUCUGUUAUCAGCUCAGCCGUCAGGGAGGUGGAUGCUGCCCUGCAGUUGCUGCAUGCUCAGCUAAAGCGGACCAUUGUCAGCGUUGCAUUAUGGGAUGGAGAGCUUGAGACGAUGCAGAGCAAAUCUUGCCCAUGUUUGGAACUAAAUCAAGGGGGAGAGGUCAGAAUUCAGAAAGCCACGCUGACCCACGCCCUGCAGGCGUCUUUGGACGAGCUCCUGGUCAAGAAGCGCUGGUACAGUGACAGGGACGACUUCACUGUCAUCCUACAGGACAAACCUCUCUUCGCGCACCUCACGUCUGCUCAUAUUGGGAAGCCUCUCUCUGGGUCCCAAGCGUCACAUGAAAUUGAUAAACUGAUAGUGCAGUUGUGGACAAACUUGCUGCAGCCCACAAGUGCCGACCAUAACACAGGCGACAAUGGAAACAGCAUUGCAUUGCAAUGCCCGACUGUGGACCGUCCAUUUGUGAGGACGGAGUGGAACUCUCCUACAGAUCGCACCAGCAGCACCUCUCCUGUCCUCCACCCAACAACUGGUACAGAGCUACACUGUGAGGAAGUCAGCCCCUCCAACUCCACGCCCACUUCAGUGCAUGAGCUCAGACCAGGAGAUAUCAGAGUGGUUGCGGCUGUGGGGGACUCUUUGACGGCGGGGAACGGCAUUGCAUCGAGCCAAACAAACGUUCUGGAUGUCCUGACUCAGUACAGAGGUUUAUCAUGGAGUAUUGGCGGCGAUGGAAACCUCACAACUGUAACAACUCUGCCCAAUAUCUUGAAGCAUUUUAAUCCCAAUGUGACGGGCUACUCUGUUGGGAGGGGGAAACAGCACACACCUCACGCUUUUCUCAACCAGGCUGUUGCUGGGGCAACAAGCAAGGACCUGCCAACUCAAGUGCGCACCCUGGUGGCCAGAAUGAAGAAUGACUCUAGGAUCAACUUUGAAUCAGACUGGAAGGUGAUCACUGUCUUUAUAGGUGGAAAUGACAUCUGUGAACACUGCUUCAAUUCUCUACUGUACUCUGUGGAGAAUUUUGUCAAAAAGAUUGAAGAAAGUCUGGAUUAUCUACACAAAGAGGUGCCCCGCGCUCUGGUCAACUUAAUAGAACCCAUCCACAUCACGCCCCUGAGAGAAAUGCACUUGAACUCCUCACUGAAAUGUCCAACCUGGCUGGUCGAAAUUCUGUGUGCGUGUGUUGUCUUACCAAUGCCCUCCUCUGCAGCUGUGGAAAAGUUGGAGGAGUUAAACAAGAAAUAUCAGCUGGUACUGAGUGAACUUGUCGAGUCAAACCGUUACGACACUCGCCCCGACUUCACUGUGGUCAUCCAGCCUUUUUUCCGAGAAGUCAUCGUUCCCAGACUACCGGAUGGUCGCCCCGAUCGUUCUUUCUUCAGUGCAGACUGUUUUCACCUGAGCCAGAGGGCCCAGACUCAGAUGGCUCGCUCCCUGUGGAACAACAUGCUGGAACCUCUGGGAAAUAAGACGACCUUACAGGAUUUUUCCACAGAUAUGAAGCUGAAAUGUCCGAGCAAGACUUCACCAUACAUUCGGACAUAUCUCAACAGCAAUUACACAUAUGUUGGUCCUUCACCAACACCAGCACCUAAUACAAACUGGGGAAGUGACUUCUCCUGUGUGGACCUUGCCCCGUCUGACUCUGUACCAACAUCAGUUCACAAGCUGAGACCAGCAGACAUCAAGGUGGUGGCAGCAGUGGGAGACUCAAUAACGGCAGGCACUGGUGCAAAGGCCAGGAAUCUGUUAGAGAUCAGCAGAGAAUAUAAAGGAGUAUCCUGGAGCAUUGGAGGGGACCGCACUCUGGACACUGUCACCACACUACCCAACAUCCUAAGGAAGUUUAACUCGGCCCUCAAAGGCUUCUCUAAAGGGCAGGGGUCAUUACAGAAGGGCUUCAACAUGGCUGUGGAGGGAGCUACGACUUUGGACAUCCAAAAGCAGAUCAAAGAUCUCAUCGCUGCCAUGAAAAAACACAAGGAGGUGAACUUUGACGAGGACUGGAAGCUUUUGACGAUAUUUGUAGGGGGAAAGGACCUCUGCCACUAUUGCACUGACCAAAAUAAUCUGUCCCCCAAGAAUUACAGUCACAACCUGAUGCUUGCUUUGGACAAACUUUACAAAGAGGUGCCAAGGAUGUUGGUCAAUCUGGUGGAGAUCAUGCAGAUAGACACGUUAAAGGAAGUGAAGAAAAAAACCCUAGGAUGCUCCCUCUUGCAAAGAAUUAGCUGUCCUUGUGUCAUCAACCCAACUGAAAACUCCCCCGAGUUGGAAGAGAUGAAACGGAUCAAUCAUGAAUACCAGGCUGAAAUCCACAAUCUUAUUUCUGGAUCUCGCUAUGAUUUAAAAGAUGACUUUGCUGUUGUUCUUCAGCCAUUUUUACACACUUCUUUCAUCCCUUACAUUGGUGAGGGCGAAGCAGACACCGGUUUCUUCUCUUUGGAUUGUUUUCACAUCAGUGAGCGAGCUCACGCUGAAAUGGCCAUAGCACUGUGGAAUAACAUGUUGGAGCCUGUAGGUGGGAAACGGGCUUAUAACAACUUCACAUAUGACCGCUCCAAGAUCCAAUGUCCCUCAGAGGCCAGUCCUUUCAUCUUCACCAAAGUCAACAGCAUCCCACAUCCACCUGUGACGACCACAACCGCUAUCCCUGCCACCACCACCUACACCAGCACCAGCAGUCCUACACAAAUGCCCACGUGUGCAUCCCCACAGCCGGUGUGGGUCCCAGUCAUUGUGGGACUUGUUAGUUUAUUGGUGGGCAUCACCGUUGCCGGGCUUAUUUUCUCUUUUGUGCUACGUAAGAAAAGCAAAACAGAGUCUGCAGUAGAAUUGGAAAAACGCAGAACAUGACAAUGUUAUAUUUUGCAAAAAAAUCUAAAGCAUAUCGGGUCAGGAAAAUGUUAAUUGGAUUUGUAAAUGCCGUCACUUCGGUGCAUUAUUUGUUUUACUUAGUAAGGCAACUUCAUAUCAACAUGUUCAAGUUGCAGCAUCUAGAAAAGUUGAAUUAUCAUUCUAUAGGCAGACCCUCAGCCCAUCUCCACCCCCACUCUGACUUGCUCCCCAAAUACUUUUUUUGUACUGCUAGUUGAUGUCAAAUAUGUACUGAAAUGUAAGUUUCUCUUUCCUCCGUCAUUGAUUUGAAAGAAACUUUUGUUUGUGUGUAUUAAUUUAUUCA